AGCAAUUUCAGUUCUUUAGAACAGCGCUGGUCACAGCAUCAAACCAGCACUGCUGACAGACUCACAGACUUUUUGGAGAGAAGAACAAGCUACAGAUCAUGUUUAACUGCAGUCCACAGAGGAACCAAACAGAAGCAGUGAUCAGUCUGUUUGAACAAGUGGCCUACCCACCUGUCUUCAUAGUUGGCCUUUUCUUCAACAUCACGGCUCUGUUAAUGUUCUGUCGCCUCAAGCGCUGGACAAACACACAUAUCUACAUGUUCAAUCUACUGGCUGCCGAUUUCCUAGCCAUUAUUUUCCUACCUUUCAAGAUAUUUGAUGCCUUUUGCCCGUUUAGUCCAAGCGUAUUGUGUACAGUCCUGAUGUGCACCCAAUACUCCAACAUGUACAGCAGCAUCUUCACCAUUACAGCCAUCAGCUUUCACCGAUUUAUAGCCGUCAGGUUUCCGUUUCUGACCAAAGCACUGGCUUCCAAAAGUAAGACGACUGCCAUUUCAGCGUGCUUCUUCAUCUGGACAAUUAUAGCGGUGAUCUGUGUUAUUAACCAGAAAGACCUUUACACAGACAAAUUAGAGAGCUGCUAUGACCGAAAAUUCACAAAAAGGCUCGAAAUGCACUUUUUCUUGAUUUUAGAGAUUUUAGGGUAUCUUAUUCCAGUGCUCAUCGUCAUAAUUUGCUCCAUACAAACCAUCUACAUCCUGGUCAGAUCCCUUCAGCGUGUUCAAGGCGAGGAUAGAGUGGCAAGGAAAAACAUUGCUGCUGUUAUCACUGCAAACAUGUUCACAUUCAUAGUUUGCUUCACGCCUGUUCAUAUUGGUCUUUUGUUGCAAUAUUUAGCACGUCCAGACAAAGAGUUUGUGCAUGUGUUUUUUGAUGUUUCUAAGUGGAUCGCUAUUACCAACUGCUGCCUGGAUUCUAUUGGUUAUUACUUCCUGCUUAAAAGAGUUCCUAAAAAGACAAUAGUUCAUACUGAAUGUUAAAACUUGAUCUAGAUUACAUUGAGGCAGCUUACUGUCAUACUGUAUGUGAGGAACACAAUAUAAUAAAGGAUGGUCUACAAAAGAUAACAGUAUUGCCAUGGUUACAAUAUUUACUAUCAUGAUGGAAAUAAAAUAGUAUUCUUUGAAGUAGCCUACAUUAUAAAUUACUAUGGUUCACAAAUAGGGUAAUCGCACAAGUACCAUAGCAGGCCUGUAUAUAAAAAAAAUGUAUAUACAAUUUAUUUUCUUAAAUCUUAUAUUGCAAUUUUUGUCUAUUUAUAUUUACAUAUGUGUAUUUUUUUAUUCUCAACUUAUAUUAUUUUCUCUGUGUUGUUGUUGUCGUCUCUGUGCACUGGAAGCCUGUGACACCAAAACAAAUUCCUUGUAUGCGUAAGCAUACUUGGCAAUAAAGCUGUUCUGAUUCUGAUUCUGAUUCUGAUAAAAAUACCACAGAAUAUUCCUGAUUUUGACUGUUACUUUCAGAAAAGAUAAAUUUAU